CGCAUAUUGGAGUGGUUGCUUGCGCGUCGACCGGCCGUGUCACGACUUAAGCAGAGUACGUCAUCGGUCAGAAAUAAGCUCCAAUCUUUUCACGCAGCCUUGGUGAUUCCUCCAGCUUCUACCGCAAGCAGCUAGAAGGGUUAAUACACGGGGUGCUCGUCAAGGAGCAAAUAGGCACCAGCUUUGCCAUCCUGAAGGAAUAAAAUCAAGGAGUACUCAGUCGUUAUCAUUCAACGACUAUCUUCACGAAUUUCAUAACCUUCACUACAGAGUGCAUCCUGCGUUUUCAGUUACCAAGAUGUCUGCGCGUGCAUUCCAGGAUCAGAUGAGCUCGAUGGGCUGGACGAGGAGAGACGAUGAUAUCCCGGUCAAUACGAAUCAGUCCACACCCAUCCUGUCCAGGCUGAAAUCGCUGAACCCUUUUGGUGAUGGCGGCUAUGUCAGGUUGCCUACAUCAGAGAAUCCAGGUGCCCCUUUACCUGCACCUUCAAGGAGGGAGGAGGAAGAGGCUUGGUUUGCGCUCAGCCGAUGGGACCGAAUCCUCAUAUUUGCGGGACUCAAUCUUGCAGCCAUAGGCUUGUUUGCGGCUUGUAUAGGUCUGAUGUUUACGCCUGUCUUUCUUUUGAGGCCGCGUAAAUUCCCAAUUCUGUGGACAAUGGGAUCUGUUCUGUUCCUAGCGUCAUGGGCGGUCAUGAUGGGCCCUAUGGUAUACUUUGGAUCCAUCGCGCUGACACUGUGGUUCUCCAUACAUCUCCAUAGUACGGUCCUCACAUUCUUCGCCGCCAUGAUGCAACUUGUUGCUUUACUCUGGUAUGCUGUGAGUUAUUUCCCCAUGGGCAGUACCGGGCUGCGGUUUGGCGCGCGCUUUGCUGGGAAUCGCGUCGCUGCGUGGAUGAAUGGGUAGAUUUUCGGUUUUGUUAAAGCUGUAGUAAGUAGAAGG